AUGUACCGCAGUGAUUGGUCGUCUGAUUUCGUAUAUGCGAAGUCACUCCUGUUCAUGCAGCCAUGCGCAUCUUCCCGGACGCCCAAGUCGUCGUCAAAAAGGUCCGAAGACUGGUUUCUCAAGUCGAUCCGUGGGCUUGGCACAAGGUCAUUUUCAGGCAGCCUCGGCCCGAAAGACAAGGAGGAGCUCCACAGGCGGCUAGCUGCGGCGGGACGCGAGUUCAAUAAGGGACACAUCUCUGAAGACGAAUACCAUAAGUAUGUCAAUGCGCUGCUGCAAAAGAAAUGUGGAAAAGAGAAUUCCGAUUCGACGCAGUUCCUGCGAUUGAGGCCACACUCUGCGCCGCAUUCUUGUCACGUGCCCGCGCCCAAGCAGCAAGAUGAAUUCGCCCGGCCAAUGCUGACAAAAACACUUCCGCGACGUGCUCCCAUUUACGAUGAAUCGAAAUACCAGAAAUCAGUGCGCGUGCGUUCUGCGCGUGAACGCUCAAGAGCCCUUGCGUGGAUGCAAAAGGUUGCACACCGCGAAGAGGAUGUAGACUAUAAUUAUCAGCCAGUGUGUGACCGCAUCCAGGGGCCAGCAGCACGUGAGGUGCUGGUCAAGGGUGCACCACGUGGAACAAAUGAAGCAGCAAUCAAGGAGCUUUUACAGGGCUUUGGCGCCAUAAGCGCCAUUGAAGCUGGCAAAAUUUCCCUCGGCGAGCGAACGUUUACUGUUCGUUUCCACUGCCCCGAUCACGCGCAACGUGCGGCACACGCGAACAAGUGCACCCUCUUCACUAGUGUCUUGGUUUCUCCGAUCCCAAGGGACAGUGAUACAACGACCUUGCGCCGCAUUUGCAGUCGCUGGGGGAAAGUGCUUUCGGCGACCGAGGUAUGUGAUACUAGUGCGCUAUAUCGCUCGGCUAUUGUUUCCUUUGAGUCCAAGGUGGCUGCAGAGCAGGCAAUCGGUGAACACAUCAUCGAAGCCUCUUCGGAACUUCGCAUUACUGGAAUUCCCCCUGACGCCAAGGAGGAUCAUAUCCGUGGAGCGCUUGGAGGAGUGCGCGGUGGUGUGACCAACGUGUCUUUCUACCCAAAUUUCAAUUCCACCUCACGGAGUGCAGUAAUUGCAUUUGCAUCAGUGCAGCUCGCACGGCGGGCUGCUGGUGUACGCGAAUUGGCCAUCACAGGGCGUGGUGGGGCCAUCUCUGCGCUCUCAAAGGCCCAAGCAAAUGCACACAAAGGACAUGCAGCGCCCUGGCACUCAACAUUAAAGGAACGCCCCUUUGCCAAUUAUGAGAUGCACUCAUACCAAUUCGGCCAUCAACCUUGCACCACACGGGAGUUUAAAAAACGCGCUGCCGGGACGUACGGAGUAGAGAACCGAAACAAGGACCUUGCUGGCUCUAGCAUGCGUUAUACAACGAGGCGUGUCAAAGUCAAGGCAGAAGUGUGCACGACUACUUUGAGUGUAUCUGCGUACCCGUGUACAGUGACCGUUACACUUUCAAAAACUUCAAAGUAG